GUCCGCAACACAGUUAACUACGGUUAAGUUGGACUUUCGUUGAAUUCGCACAAUGACUUGUGUUUCCUCGGGUUUUCGUUACAGUUUGCUGUUCUUGGUGUUGUUUGUGGCUGGUCAAUCUUUAGCUAAGCCAGGAAAUAACGCUAACAGCACCCCAGUCAGUUCUACAGCCAUAAAGCGUUGUAACAACGUCUACAACAGCUUCUAUGCAGGGCCAAACAAGAAGAUUGAAACUUUUCUUCAAGAAAUGAAGACACAACUUACUCACGUUGAAGAUGACAUCAACAUCCUCAAAGGCAACAAGACUUCGGAGAAAGAGUCAAACAAGACGGUGGCAGCCAUCCUUCAAAAAAUGAUGAAACAACUUAAUCAAGUGCAAGAUGACAUCAGCAUCCUCAAAGGAAACACCACGUUAUUAAAUGAACAAAACAAGAACAUUGAAGCUCUCCUUUUAGAAAUGAACAAACAACUCUCUGAAGUAAAAGACGUUCUUAAGAAAAACAAAACCAAGUCUAAAAUUAGGAAAGACUGUGCUGAGCUGUACAAAUCCGGUCAAAGAACCAGUGGUGUUUAUACAAUCGACCCUGAUGGUUCAGGUGCCUUUGAUGUGUUCUGUGACCAAACAACAGCCGGUGGCCGGUGGACAGUGUUCCAGAAGAGACUGGAUGGCUCCGUUGAUUUCUACCGCGGCUGGGCCGACUACAAGAAUGGCUUCGGUAACCUGAAUGGCGAGUUUUGGCUGGGACUGGACAAGAUACACCGGUUGACGAACACAAAGAACAGACUUCGAGUAGAACUGGAAGACACGGCAGGCAAAACUGCUUACGCCGAGUACGACAUGUUUGCAGUUACGAGCGAGAGGACUAAGUACAAGCUGAGUCUUGGAACUUACUCAGGAACUGCUGGUGAUUCGCUUUCUAUUCAUCGUGGUUCCCCCUUUAGCACCAAAGAUCACGAUAACGACAAAUGGGGCAGCAACCGCGCUGUGAGGUAUAAAGGAGCCUGGUGGUACGACCACUGUCAUCACUCCAACCUGAACGGUCUGUAUCAUCACGGAAAACACUCGGGAUUUCACGGUGUCAAUUGGGGAACCUGGAAAGGAUAUAGCUACUCCGUGAAGAGAGCUGAGAUGAAAAUCAGACCAGUGAUGUUUUAAGAGCUCUGAUUUUUUGCACUUUUCAAUGUUUGCAAAGAAAAGUUUGUUAACACUGUUCAAGUUACACUGUGAUUAAAAGAGUAGAGAUUAAGGUUGUUUUGUCAUUAUUUGUGUCCAGGGAUUUUUCGACAAACAUAAGAGAAAACAGGAUGAUUCAAGCCCUUUCAUUCGUUCGAUGUUUCCUGCCCAUUUGUAAAAAAUAACAAACCUUACAUGAAUUGCAAAAAUAAAAUAACAAGGCGUUGCGGUAAUUGCGGACGAUAUGUGAUCAGCCAUAGAGUAAAAAAAUUAUUGCUCAUUUAGUGAAUUACAAAUUCCCGUACAGCUGUAUACCUCUUUUUCAAAAUAAAGCAUUUGCAAAGAUCUAUCACUUUAUUGGAGCUAAGAUCAGUUCAAGACAAAAUCUACAUGCGUGAGUUGUUGUAAAGGGAUUGCUGAAUAUCUGUGUACACAAUCAAAGACGAUAUAAGAGCAAGAUGUUUAAAUUCGAGUAUGUCAUUUACCAGCAAGUUGUGGUACUAACUCAAGAACUCUUUACAAAUAUUGUUAACAUCAGAAAGCUUGAAAGCUACAGCACACUGAGUGGGACACUGAGUGGCAAACAGAGGUACAUGUACCCCAACCAUAUAAAUUGAAGAUUUGUUACUAACUUAGAUUUUCUUUCUACUGUAGUAUUGUAGCUUUCGAAUUAAAAACCAGAAACACAUUUAUAAGCAAAACAGGGAGGAAUAAUUGCGCACUUCCGAGUUACCUUGUGCCUCUGCGUCAAAACGAGUCUUCAAGCGAAACCAUUCAUAUGAAAAUGUGUUCCGCCUA